AUGAAAGAGGAAACUUGUGGUGACCAACAAGACCCAAAUGAGAAUAUAUUGCAGUGCCUCUCAAAUGCCCCUUUCAUCCCUUAUGGUUUGUUUCACUUUCUUACAAUAGAAAAACAUUUCUUCUUUAUGACAGCCUUGCCUCACUCCAAUGCACCUAAAAUGACGCCCAUGAAGACACUACCAUUUCUUCGGGAGACAUCCGGUUGCUUCCUAUUGCUUCUCCUGAUUGCUUCUCUUAUUCAUUCGUCUUCGUCUCGUGCCUUCUCCGAUUCCGAGUUCGCAUUCAUUGCUCGUCGUCAGACCUUGCAUCUACGCGAGAACGAUGACUUGACCGACGAUUAUGAGUCUCAUGUGAAGCUUAAUUUCACGUUCGAGAAUUCCGGACUCAAACGUGCUUACAUUGCAUUUCAAGCAUGGAAAAGAGCUAUAUAUUCGGAUCCUUUUAAGACCACUCGGAGUUGGGAAGGUCCCAAGGUUUGUGAUUACGAAGGAGUUUUCUGUGCACCGUCCCUCAAAGAUCCCAAGUUGAUGGUUGUAGCCGGCAUCGAUCUUAACCAUGCCGACAUUGCCGGAUAUCUGCCGGUUGAGUUAGGCCUAUUGACUGAUUUGGCUCUGUUUCAUAUAAACAGUAAUCGAUUUUGUGGGAUCAUUCCCAAGAGUUUCUCCAAGCUCACUCUUCUACAUGAAUUGGAUGUUAGCAACAAUCGUUUCGUUGGUCCUUUCCCCAAAGUUGUAAUAUCAAUACAUUCUCUCAAGUUCCUUGACAUAAGGUACAAUAAUUUCGAAGGCGAAUUGCCAUCGGAGUUGUUUGAGAUGGAGUUGGAUGCAUUGUUCUUGAACAACAAUCGGUUUGUGUCGAACAUUCCGGAGACCUUAGGCUCGUCUACUGCUUCCGUCAUCGUCGUCGCCAACAAUAGGCUUUCCGGUUGUAUUCCGAACAGCAUCGGGAAGAUGCACAAUACGUUGAACGAGAUUGUGUUCCAAAACAACAAUCUCACGGGCUGUUUGCCGAUGGAUAUUGGGAUGCUUGGGAAUGUAACAGUUUUAGACAUUGCUUCGAACACGUUCAACGGUAUUUUGGCGAAGACAUUUAAAGGGCUUGGCAAGAUAGAAGAGCUUGAUGUUUCAAAUAACAUGUUGGCCGGUUUUAUGUCGGACGACGUCUGCCGGUUGCCGAGCCUGAAGAACUUUUCGUUUUCUUAUAACUAUUUCAGUGGCGAGGCUGAAUCUUGUCUGCCAUUGAAUAGGAAGGGCAUUGUGUUCGACGAUAUUGGUAAUUGCAUACCUGAUAGGCCUAAACAGAAGUCAGCUAAAGAAUGCCAACCGGUGGUAAGCCGACCAGUCGAAUGCAGUAAGUCGAAAUGCGGUGGUGGCGGCGGUCAGUCACCGCCUAAACCGCCUAAACCUACAGAUGAUGACCCUUAUGAUCAAUCACCUGUUAAAAGGCAGCGGCCUCCACCUCCACCAAAACAUUUGCCACGACCAGUUGUUAAGCCUCCCGUCCACUCCCCUCCUCCGCCAGUCAAAUCUCCACCACCACCACAACCACCACCAACAGUCCCCUCUCCACCACCUCCGGUUCACUCACCACCACCACCACCACUAGUCCACUCUCCGCCCCCACCUGUCCACUCUCCGCCUCCUCCGGUGUAUUCUCCUCCUCCACCUCGGUCUCCUCCUCCUACCCCAAAAAGAGAAGUCAUUCUACCACCUAAUAUCGGUUUCCAAUACUCAUCACCACCUCCGCCAAAGUUCCCAGGAUACUAACGAGAACAUAUUCAG